GCGCGCGCGCGCGCGACGACGCGCGCAUCGCCGCGCGCAUCGCGCGCGCGCGCGUCUUCCGCACCUCGCGUCGCCCGUCGCGUGGCCGCGCGCGCGACAAAGUUGACGAUGGGUCCGGUGGGACAACCUGUCCCGAAUGGAUACGGCGAUUAUUACCCCACCCCGCGCGACGAUCGCCGCGCGGGCGUGAUCAUGCACCCCACGAGUCUGCCCGGAGCGUACGGGAUCGGCGACGCGGGCCCGGAGGCGCGCGCGUUCGUGGAUUGGAUGGCGAAAGGAAAGAUGAGUAUCUGGCAGGUGCUGCCGCUCGUGCCGCCGGGACGUCCGAUACCGGGCGUGCGGGAAGACUAUUGGUCGCCCUACAGCGGACGCGACGCGCACUGUGGAAAUACGCUCGUGAUAUCGCUGGAUGAUUUGGUCGCGGACGGGCUGCUCGAGACGAAAGAUUUGCCGAAGGCGUACGGCGGAAGCGAAAACGUGGAUUUCGGACGCGUCGCGGCGACGAAUGAGCCGCUGAUUGCAAAGGCGGCGGAAAAGUUGCUCGCGAUGGCGAGUGGUAGUGGACUAAAGGGGGAGUAUGAUGCGUUCUGCGCGCGCGCGGAUGUGAAGGCGUGGUUAGAUCCCGCCGCGACGUUCGACGCCAUCGAUUCGACGCCGGAACUCUUGGGUAAAUAUUGGUGGGAUUGGCCCGCGGAAUAUCGCGAUCGCGAUCCAGGCGCGCUCGCGGCGAUCGAAAGCGAAAAAGCGAGUUCGAUUGAACUCUUCAAGGCGACGCAAUUUCUGUUCCAUGUGCAGUGGAUGCGUUUGAAAAAGUACGCCAACGAUAGAGGCGUUUCUCUGGUGGGCGACAUGCCUAUCUACGUCGGCGGUCACAGCGCCGACGUGUGGGCGAAUCAAAACUUAUUCUUGCUCGGUGACGAUAAACGCCCGUCGGCGUUGGCGGGUGUACCACCCGACGCGUUCUCCGAGGACGGUCAGUUGUGGGGUAACCCGUUGUUUGAUUGGGGCGAGCACGCGCGAACGGAUUACGCGUGGUGGGCUCAGCGAUUGAAGCGCACGCUCGAACUUCACGACGAGGUGCGCAUCGAUCACUUCCGCGCCUUUGCGGCGUACUGGGAAGUCGAAGCCGGCGCGCCGACGGCGAAGAGCGGUCGAUGGAUGGUCGGUCCGGGGGUGGAUAUGUUCAACAAGCUCAAGCCGGCGCUCGGCGACGCGAAAAUCGUCGCGGAAGAUCUCGGGGUCAUCACCGCCGACGUCGUCGAUUUGCGUCAAGAGUGCGGUUUCCCGGGUAUGGUUGUCCUUCAGUUCGCGUGGGGUGGUAACGGGCGCAACCCGCACUUGCUGCACAACCACUACGAAAAUUCAUUUUGCUACCCGGGCACGCACGACAACGAAACGUCGCAAGGCUGGUACGCGCAACAGGACGAGGACACCAAGCGCCGCUUGGAGGCGUACGCCGGCAUCGCCUACGGCGACGGCGCGUGGGGCAUGAUCAAGGCUGGGAUGUCCAGCGUGAGCAAGGCGUGCGUAUUCACCAUGCAAGACGUCCUCGCCCUCGGCAACGAGGCGCGCAUGAACACCCCCGGCGUCGCCGACGGCAACUGGUCCUGGCGCAUCGGUGAACCGGGCGUUUUCGCCACCCUCGACGCCGAGGCGCACAAGCUCGCGAGUUUAGCCACCGUCUACGAUCGCGUCGCCGACCCGGACGCGCAGUCCAUGCGCGAAUCCUGUCAAUCCGUCGCCGGCGGCGGUCGAGGCGGCUUAUUCGGUUUAGGCUUCUGGAUCUUCUAGCCGCGCGUUCGCGACGAUCACCGACGUCCCGUCCGAUCCGCGCGCGCGCGAUCGACGCCCGCGCACCACCCUCUCACUUCCCAUCG